CAGCGGUCAUCCGGCUCGAGUGAGCAUCCCUUCGGGGAUGCUCAGGGAGGGUCCGGUUGCCAGUGAAACCUCCAGGGGCUUCCGGACGACAGCCCCGGGGGCCUUCUGACUGCAUCCCGAGAUUUCCAUCAGCGAGUGCAACUCAUAAGGCAGUCCCUAAGGGGACCGGGCCACCGGCUGAGGACGGGGAUGGCUUAGGAGCUCCUGGACCUAGGGCCCGGUGUGGUCGCCUCCUGGGCGUCGCGGCAGAGGGGAGUGGCCCGCGCGGAAAGCGCCGCGGGACAGUCAGUGACGAGGCCCGGGGGUCGCCGGGGCCACGACUUCUCGGAGACCGUCCUGCGCUCUCUGGAGACGCGCCGUCCGCGCCCAGGGUGGUGCCAUGUGGGGCGCUCGCCGCUCGUCCGUCUCCUCAUCCCGGAACGCCGCUUCGCUCCUGCAGCUGCUGCUGGCUGCGCUGCUGGCGGCGGGGGCGAGGGCCAGCGGCGAGUACUGCCACGGCUGGCUGGACGCGCAGGGCGUCUGGCGCAUCGGCUUCCAGUGUCCCGAGCGCUUCGACGGCGGCGACGCCACCAUCUGCUGCGGCAGCUGCGCGUUGCGCUACUGCUGCUCCAGCGCCGAGGCGCGCCUGGACCAGGGCGGCUGCGACAACGACCGCCAGCAGGGCGCUGGCGAGCCUGGCCGGGCGGACAAAGACGGCCCCGACGGCUCGGCAGUGCCCAUCUACGUGCCAUUCCUCAUUGUUGGCUCUGUGUUUGUCGCCUUUAUCAUCUUGGGGUCCCUGGUGGCAGCCUGUUGCUGCAGAUGUCUCCGGCCUAAGCAGGAUCCCCAGCAGAGCCGAGCCCCAGGGGGUAACCGCUUGAUGGAGACCAUCCCCAUGAUCCCCAGUGCCAGCACCUCCCGGGGGUCGUCCUCACGCCAGUCCAGCACAGCUGCCAGUUCCAGCUCCAGCGCCAACUCAGGGGCCCGGGCGCCCCCAACAAGGUCACAGACCAACUGUUGCUUGCCGGAAGGGACCAUGAACAACGUGUAUGUCAACAUGCCCACGAAUUUCUCUGUGCUGAACUGUCAGCAGGCCACCCAGAUUGUGCCACAUCAAGGGCAGUAUCUGCAUCCCCCAUACGUGGGGUACACGGUGCAGCAUGACUCUGUGCCCAUGACAGCUGUGCCACCUUUCAUGGAUGGCCUGCAGCCUGGCUACAGGCAGAUUCAGUCCCCCUUCCCUCACACCAACAGUGAACAAAAGAUGUACCCAGCGGUGACUGUAUAACUGAGAGUCACUGGUGGGUUCCUUUACUGAAGGGAGACGAAGGCAGGGGUGGAUUCUCGAGGUGGAAGUCCGCACAUGUCGGUGGUAUUUAUGGCACGAUUCCUUUGGAUGGCUUCAUUUGCCCCCAGACUGUAUGAAAACAUCUCCGAAUUAGCAUUUCUGGAUAUGUUUCAUCCAGGGUAUCAUUGAUUUAUGAUGGAAAACCGGCCUCAGCUGGAGAUGACUGUGAUGUUGCUGAUGGGUGUAUAACAAAUGCUUGAGUCCAAAGUGCCCUUGAGAUAUGGUUGGCGAAAGAAUUUUAUAAACUGAUAAAUUAAGGAUUUUUAUUAUGUUGUUAUUAUUAUUUCUUUUUUGUUGUUGACUGCACAAGAUCAAAAUGCCUGUUAUCUCCCUUUUACCUGGGACUUUUUUUUUUUUUUUUUUUUUUUAAUCAGACAGGGUCUUGCUCUGUUGCCCAGGCUGGAGUGCAGUGGUGCGAUCUCGGCUCACUGCAACUUCAGCCUCCCGGAUUCAGGCAACACUCCUGCCUCAGCCUCCCAAGUGGCUGGGAUUACAGGUGCCUGCCCCCAUGGCUAAUUUUUUGUAUUUUUUGUAGAGAUGGAGUUUCACCAUGUUGGCUAGGCUGGUCUCACUCUCCUGACCUCAAGCAAUCUGCCUGCCUCAGCCUCCCAAAGUGCUGGGAUCACAGGCGUGAGCCACCGCGCCCAGCCUGAGCCUUUUUUUUUUUUCUAAUGCAUCCAAGGUUAAGGGGAAGACGCAAAUAACAGGACUAUUCUAAAAGGAAACCUGUUUGAACUGUGUGAGAUCAGUCAUCAGUCUCAGUAUUCCACAGGCACACCUUAAUUUCACUGUAAAAAGAUAUAUAUAUUUUGUCUAUUUUUGUGCUUUUGGGGGCCUAUUUUGUGCUUUUUUACCUUACGUAGAGAUCUUAUUACAAAGUGAUUUUCUACAUUAAAAAGAGACUGAAAUAAAUUGUAUAUAGUUACUUAACUAAUGAAGACAUUUCAGAACUCUGGGAUGAUUUUAAUCUUGAAGUAGUAGGUGGUAUAGUCAUAAAACCAUUCAUCCCCUUCUUGAUUGUAUCUUAAUUUUCUGGCUUUAAGGUGACAUCUGAAAGGUAAUGCAUUCUUUUUUAUAUUGAAAUCAUAAACUAUCACCCGCUGCUUCUCUGAGUUACUUUUAAUUUUGCCUUGUGGUUAUGGUUUGGCGUUUCCUUCUGUUUGGUUUUCAGAGCCCCAUGUCUAUAUAGUCCUGAGUGCAAGUAAUUACUAUACUUGUAAAUGAAGAUCAGUAUUUCUGCCUAGAUCUGAUAAAACAUUUUCUUGUCUUAGUUAUAAAAAUUCAAAGAAAUGUGUUACAAAGAUACUUAGUAUAGCUCCUCAGCCAUAACCUGAGACUUGGGAUGAGAUUUAAACCAGAUAUGAUUUACUUUGCAGAUCAUAAGGCUUUUUAUACUCUUGUUAUCAAAAUGGCUUAUUUUUCAGGCACUAGGGACUGUUAAGAGAAAAGCUUUUCAACGAAGGAUUGCCUUUCUUCUCCCACACUGUUCUUGAUUUCCUCUCUCUUUCAGGCCUCAACAGGCACUGUAUUCAUUGCCAAUGUUCCAAAUUAUCAAAUUCAAGUGAAUUUAUUUGUGUGUUCUUUACUUAUGUAAAAAAAGAUAACUUUAAGGAUGUGCAAGUACAUUUCCAACUGCUAGCACAACCAGUAUUUUGUAAUUAAACAAAUUGUUGUAUGGUAUGGUCUUCUACACAUUUAUAUCUAUAGAUAUCUAUCGAUCAUCUUUCUAUUCUGUUUCAUGACUGAAUAAUGUAAAACCAUUUUUGGCAAUUGGUAUCAUCAAAGAUAUUCAUUUUUUAAUAACCAAAGGCAGGGGAAAAUCAUUUUACUUAUUAAUAAAUAUUUUAUGAUGUGAA